CAGUCACUGGAACUCUCUCUCUCUCUCUCUCUCUCUCUCUCUCUCUCUCUCUCUCUCUCUCUCAGGGCUGGCUUCCAACUGUUGUGGGGGAUGGCUAGAAGACAUGAUGCUUUUGGGCUUUAAUGGGGCUCUACUACUAAGAUAAGGUGAAGCUUUGGACUUCGUGCAUUGCAUGGAUGCUUUGUUUCUACCCCUCCUCAGGUGCUUCAGUGGAGAUCUGUGCCAAGGAUUUUAAGUUCUCAGACAUGAAGUUUUGAAGAAUUUAAGUGUCCAUUUUCAUCCUUUGCUUUGAUGGAGGAGAUGCAAGGAAGUAAGCGAAAGCGGGUCUACUCAAUCGAGCCAAGCUCCAUUCUACGUGCCACCUUCUCUCAGAAGUAUAUAAAUCAUCUAUUGUCAGCUCUACUGAAAAUCAGCACCGACAGCUCUCGCGACAACAAUGAAAGCCAAGAGAUCGAGAAGAUUGUUAGAUUCCAGGUCGACAUGGCACUAGUAAUGUCCGCAGACGAAUUCCGCUGGAGCCAUGCAUUGAAACGCAAGCUCCAAACCGGCAUGAACAAAACUCCACCAUCCCCAACCCUUCUCUUCACCUAUAAACACAUCCCACAUUGCUACAGUGGUGAAAAUCUCAAAGAUUUCCCUCCAUCACCACCCCUCCCUAGGACUCUAGUGCCUGUAGGCUACCAUAGAAACUCAAACCCUAACCCCAAUUCCCAGAAUUCCUCAAAAAGGCCAAAUGGGGUUUACCAAAACCACCAGAGUAAGAAGAGAAGGACCAGAGAUGAAGACGGCGAGUUGGUUUGCCGUCUAUCGACUCUAAGAAGGAUUUUGCCUGGUGGGGAUGAAAUGGGAGCCGGCGAACUGCUUUCGGAAGUCAAAAGCUACAUCAUCUGUCUCGAGCUGCAGGUUAGCAUCCUAAGAACCCUAGUAAAUGCACAUUGAUCUGAAAUGGGCUAGGGUUUCACUCAAAAUGAAGAAGCCAUGGAAGAGAUAUUGAUGUGUAACUGUAUUAGGGUUCUUAUAUUGUUAUGGUGUAUAGACAAAGAAAGCUUGUUAUUACUUUUGUCAUUGUAUAGGUCCAUGAUUUUGUUAAAAACCCCCACUUUGUGUGCUCUAUUUCUGAAAAAAAGAAGAAAAAAACACACCCCACUUUUAUGUAUCAUGUAAUAUUCAUGUUGUUUUUCAAAUGUAUUUAAUGGUGAAACAAUCCUUUGUGGCAUUUCAUGUUCUUUGAUUCAAAAUGGAAGGUUGAGAUUCAACCCAUUUUUAUUGUAUGUGAUAUCA